AUGGCUAAACUGAACCGAGAGAUCACGCUUGCGGCGAACAUUGGCUCGGACACGCUGCAAGAGGUCAUCUGCACUCAUGCCCAGAGCUUCAAUGCAAUCAAUGUCGCAACUGCACUCCAUCGACUUUCCCGUUUGCAUCCUUCAGACAACGUGGCAAGAGGCCCGCUGGUGCAGAGUGCAUCACUUCAAGUGUUGCUGUUGAGAACUGUGGAAGUUCUUCGGCAAACAACCACGGAAUGCGAUUCGAAGGCAGUUUCUACUAUUGCAUAUUCUUUAGCUGGGUUGGGCAUAAGAGAUGCCGAUGUUGCGAAAAGUGUUGUAGAAGCCUCGUUCAACAGGCUGUCCGGUUUUGAUCGUCAAGGUGUGGCAAACCUGACUUGGGCUUUGUCGAAAUUGCCAAAGGUGGAGAAGCGAGCAAGCCUUGCAAGAAAGCUGGCCCUUCUUGCUCGAGACCUCGUCUGGCAUUUCCUGCCUCAGGAGCUUUGCAACGUUCUGUGGGCUCUGUGCAAGCUCGGUGUGCGAGACAACAAGCUGAUGUCUUUGGCAAGCGAAGCUGUGCGGGGCAAUCUUGAACGCUUUACGCCGCAAGGGCUGUCCACCCUGGCUGCCGCCUUUGCCCGUGUGGGGGUGUUUGUAGAGGCACUAUUGGAUGAAAUUGGGCAACAGGCUCAGGCACGGGUCAUGGAGUUCAAUGUUCGCGAUGCUGCCCAACUUGUCUGGAGUCACGCCAAAUUCAAACUUUGCCGCGAGCCAUUGUUGCAGCAACUGUGCAACCGUGCUGCUUCUCUUGUCGAAGGCGAAGGCACGUGCUCUUGUGUGAUCUUCGUCUGCCAGUCUUGCGGGCCAUACUCUUGGACCACGAACCCCUCCUUAGCAUGA